CGCAGCCCGGCGGCGGGUUAUCGAGCUACCCCCGACUCGCCGAUUCCGGGUAACCCGACUCGGGCCGUCACGCCGGGCGGCUCCGUGGCGCCUCCCUGCAUGUCACCCGGCGACAGCGACGUCAACAAACCCUCCUUUCUGCCCGACGCCAAAGCGGCCCCGCCCACAGGUAACCCGAGCGACGGCCUGCGUCUGACGUUCCCGGUGCGAGACGGCGUGGUCCCGGAGCCCCUCAGGUUGGAGCGCAACCUGGCGGUCAGCAAUCACGUCUUCCGGCUCAGAGACGCCGGUCACGAGUGUGCCCGCGUGUGCAGGUACAGGCCAGACCUGGAUCUUCAGUUCAAGUGCUACCACCACGAGGAUCGGCAGAUGAACGCCAACUGGCCGGCCUCGGUCCAGGUGAGCGUCAACGCCACGCCGCUGACCAUCGAGCGCGGCGACGACAAGGCGUCGCACGAGCCUCUGUACCUGAAACGCGUGUGCCAGCCGGGCAGGAACGCCAUCCAGCUCACCGUCGCCGCCUGCUGCUGCGUCAGUCACGCGCACGUCUCUCCGCCGUCUCACUGUCUCCCUCGUGUGGCGCAGUCCCACCUGUUCGUCGGUGCGUUCGGUCCUUCAGGGUCUGAUGAAGAAGAGGCUUCCCGCCGAGCACUGCGUCGCCGAGAGAGAGUCGCCGGAGCGUUUCGCCACGACAGCUUUGGGUCCGAGCGGCUUGACGCUCUCGCGAUGCGUGCAGUCAAAAGGAACUUCAGCAGCGGCGGCACCGUUGCUCAACGGCGAGGACGCAGUGGAGCAGACGGCCGUCAGGGUGUCGCUCAAAUGUCCCAUCACCUUCAGGCGGAUCCAGCUGCCUGCCGGCCAGAGGGCACGACUGCGGGCACAUGCGGGGGGGGGGGCACACUUUUCUCAGCGCUCACCACUUCCUGUUUGCAGUGCUUCGACCUGGAGCCCUACCUGCAGCUCAACCGCGAGAGAGGAACGUGGAGAUGUCCCGUCUGCCACGCCGCUCGUGUCGCCGCUUUCACGACAGUAAAACGGGGCUGCUGGAGGGCCUGGAAGUGGAUCAGUACAUGCUGGGAAUCCUCAUCUACGUUCAGAGCAACACAACUAGCCCCCGCCAAGUCACCUCCGGAAGCUUCUCCGACCGUCGCCGUCUCCGGUCAGGAUCCUUUGGUCGGACCCGGCCGCCGGGCUCACGCGAUGGCUGCCGACCGCGGUCGAGCUCGCUUCCUGUCUGUGACGCGCCCAAUAAAGUUGACGUGAGUCCUGGUCCAAAAUGAAAUGAAUAUUUCUUUAUUCUUAACAAGCAAAUAAUCAUCUUGCUGGUGUGAACCUUUUUACUAAUUGACAAUAAUCAGCAAAUUCUUAGCCCCUGCAUGUUAAUACAGGACAUAAGACAGUAAAUUCAAACGUUUAAAAAAAACAUGAAUAUUGUAAAAUAUGAAAUGCAUGCCGUGAUGUCAGUUUGGCGCCCAAAGGACCGCAUUGACAUUUGAGGGCAGCUGUAAUGAUUCUGAAUGGAAGAAAGCAGAAGCAGCUCAAGAAAUGUUAGCUGCGAUCGCAAACUGCGACAUUGACAACAGACGAGUUAUGACGACGGGGUCGCGAUUAUAUUUCUCAGUACGGUACGAGAGCAAAAGAGAGGAAGACCAAAGAAAAGGUUGCUGGAUGUUGUGAGGGAGGCCACGAGGACAGAGAGGAGGAUGCAGGAGAUUUGGCCAAGAUGGGGAAAAAAGAUGACGCUUGCGGCGACCCCGUGCGGGACAAGCCGAAGGAAAAGUGAAGUACAGUUUCGCGCAGAUGACCGCACCCCGUCCGCGUGACCGCGCAUUCCUCCUGGGUUGGGGGCGGGGCGGGGCGCGGCGCGCGCUCGGACAGCCGUUGGCCAAUCAGCGCUGCUCACGAUUGACCACUCGGACUAUCGCUCGCCCCGAUUCGCGGUCCGCCGGCGGGGGGGGCGGGACCGCGUAUUCGAGAACCUUCGGCAAAGCGCCGCCCGAGCGGCCCGUUCUGAGGGGGGAAAAAAAAAAAAAACCCAACGCGGCGUAAAAAUGGCUC